AUGAGGCAACCGCAAGAAUCAGGCAUGGAGGUGUUGGCGCAGAGGAUGCCAACUUUCUUGCAAGGACAGCAAUGGCAGUGCAGAGAUCGCUUGCUACGUUGUGGUCUCUCCACUGUGGAACUCUCAGGUGUGAACUCCGCUAAUGUGAACCUUUCACAGUGUGAACCUUCACUGUGUGAACUCUCUCACAGUGUGAACCUUCACUGUGUGAACCCUCAGUGUGAAUCUGAUCAGGAACCUCUCAAACCUUCCACUUGUGAACCUCUGUGUGUCCCCAGUGUGAACCUCUCACGGUGUGAACCUCUACAGUGUGAACUCCCACAGUGUGAGCCCUCACUGGUGAACCUCCACAGUGUGAACCUCUCACUGUGUCUUAAGGAUCUCUCAUUGUGUGAACCUCCCAGUGUGAACCUCACUGUGAACCUCUCUACAUGUGAACCUUCACAGUGUGAACCUUUCACAGGAACCUCUCACUGUGUGAACCUCUCACAGUGUGAACCUCACAGUUGUGAACCUGUCACAGGAGAACCUCACGGUGUGAACCUCUCACCGUCUGAAAUUUCACAUGUGAAUCUUCACAGUGUGAAACUUUCAUUGAACAUCCCACUGUGUGAACCUCUACAGUGUGAACCUUUCACAGUUGUGAACCUCAUAUGUGACCCUUUAUCAGAACUCUCACAGUGUGAACCUUUCACAGUGAAUCACAGUGUGAACUCUUCACUUUGUGAACCUUUCACUGUGUGUGAACCUCUGUGUGAACCUCAGUGUGAACCCCUGCAGUGGAACUUUCACUGUGUGAACCUCUCACAGUGUGAGCUUCAGAGUGUGAGCCUCUCAGCAGUGAACCUCUGCAGACCCUCUCACAGUGUGUGGAACCUCACAGUGUGUGAACUUCUGAGUUGUGAAUCUCGUCAGGAGCUAGUGACUCGCACUACAAGAAGACAUAGAAAUACGAGCAGAGAAAUCCGUCUGGUGUUCUCUUUAAACCAACAAUAUUUUCACUCUGUCGAUGCCAAGACCACGUUCAGGGACGCUCGAGUAUAG